AUGUUCCCCGCCAUUGUCACACCGAAGCUUUUCACGCGCAUGCUGGUCUUGUUUUCGGCCAGCGCAACGAAGAAAGCGAAUUUGCCGGAUACCUCUGAAUUGAUCUUUAGCAGGGCCACAAAGGACGCUAUGGAUGACUUCGAGCACUUCCUUGGCAAAAUUCACGAAGUUCACCCGUGUGUGCUUUCCGAGCUCACAGCCAUCACAAAGUUUCCACUUGCGCAACGAAGUCAAUUUGGUACCAGUGCCAACGCCUUGGGUGACUAUAGUGGACAGACCGCCAUAGCCAAUGUGAUUUAG